AUGGCGCAUGGCCCGGACUGGGUCUCUCAGUCUUGGUGUUUCUUAUGGAUAUUUACGCUUCUUUUGAGUGAAUCUCAAACAAAAAAGACUCAAACAUUUUAUAUGGAUGGCGUAGAGUGUGGUGAUACAAAGCAUAUAGGGGGCGCCACCGUGUAUUCACAUAAUGUGGAGAAUGACUUGUAUUACGGUGAAGCCAUUUCGUGCAGUAUAACGUUCCGGCCGGAAAACAACGGCUGGAAACUUAUGUUACGUAUUAUAGAGUUGGAUAUACCUGACCGACUGCCCAGCGGAGUGUGUAAUGAUGCUUUAUAUAUUUAUGAUACAGAUUCUAUAUACGCCGCAGCUAUGGGAGAGGCUGGCGGUAACAUGGGGUUGUGUGGAAAUGUGAUACCGCCCACACUAUAUUCCUCUGGCUCUGUUAUGACUGUUCAUUUUAGGUCGGACGUCAAUCUCCACAAAAUUGUAAAAGGAAGAGGUUUUAAGUUUAUAAUAACAGCUUAUAGUGAUGAUUUCAAGGAGCAUGGUACAUGUGGGUCACGGUUCAAGUGUACUAACGAAUGGUGUGUGGAUGAAGAUCUCACAUGCGACAACGUCGACCAUUGUGGCGACUACUCCGAUGAAUCCUCAGAGGGCACGGUGAAAUGUGGAGUAAAAGAUGAGAGUUUUUUAAACCAAUUUAUGGCACUUGGAGUGACCGCCUCAGUGACCAUUACCGUGGGCAGUCUUCUGGUGGUCAUUGUUUGUAUUGUGUCCAUCGUCUGCUGCUGUCGACGCAUCCUUUGUAAACCAGCGCAAGACACGUCAUCAACACCAAGUGCUGUCACGACAACACCGACAUCGGUCGUGACCAACGGUGCUCCACCAGCGAUUCAUUACAACAACUUAAACAACCUCCAAGGUAAAAUAAACAAUGGUCGCCAGGUUCCAUUCGCAGGUCAUAUGCACCAGGGAUACUAUCCAAUGCAGCCUGUGUUUCAGUCACCAAAUCACAGCGCCAUCUAUUCUGCGUAUCGUGAAGGAUUCACAAACUCUGCUAACAGUGCAUACUCCUCACAUUCACAAUCACAACCUCCAUCGUAUCAUCGCUCAUGUACGCCGACAAGCUCCCGGUCGGGAAAGUCCAAUCGUUCUAAUAAUAGUACAAGUGUCACCUAUAGUCAAGGCACGGACAAAGUCUCACUUCCUGUCAACUUAUAGCACAGAUCAUCGUCAAACAUUUCUCUUGGUUUAAAGUUUUCAAGUGGAAAUGUAUUCCUUGGUUGACAAGAGUUGUAUUUCAUGGAAGUUUAGUUCAACGUGAUUUAACAUCCAGAGUUAUUUCCCUUGGAAAUUAGUUCAUUAGGAGUUCCUUCCCUUUUGUGAAAUUGAUUAGAGAGUGAUCCAUCUUGUUUAGCCUGGAGGAAUUCAUUGCUGGCAUAUUCAAGAAGGACAGAUCAUUUAUUUGGCCAUGAUUAUUUUCAUGCAGACAAAUUGUACAUUAAAAAAAAUCCAUGGAGUGAUCUUCGUUUGGAAAUAUUACGGAAUAUCUUGUGUUUCCAGCCCAAUGAAUGCAGUAGAAUUUCCAUAAGUGAUUUCCCCCGAAGGGAAAAUAUUCAGUUUUAGAAUUGGAUAUCUAGAGAAUUUUCUGCAUGGAAAUUUAUGUUGAAACCCAACUGGAAAAUAGAUGAAAUGAAUUCAGUUUUUUGUUGGGAAUUUUACAAGGAGUUUCAUUAAGUUAUUACAUAUUGAUUGUAUUUCUAUCCAAGAGUGAUGUCCCUUGGAAAAAUUGCUACACCCAUAUCACAAGUUAUUAGAUUGGUCUUCAUACAGCAAAGCUGUGAAUACUUUGUUCAUAAUGUGUUGUAUUUAUUUUAAUUCAUAUCUGAAUUCCAGCAUUCAGCACAAAUAUCCAUUUACAAGAAAUACAAUAUAUGUAUGUUUCUGUGAAAGUUUUUAAUGUGCACUGCCAAAUGAAGGUUAUUCAUUUGAUCGUUCAUCCUGCUAAAACAAAAGUAGACAGUGCUUUUUAUUCUUAUCAGUGGAGUUUAAUUUUAGGGAUAACCUGUUGGUUUGUAAAGAUUUUCAAGGGAUGUCAGAUGAUGUGUUUGUUGCUAUUUUUGUGAUACAUUCAUGAUUUCAUAGCUACAUGUUUUGUGUAGCAACAUAGAUUAUUAGUUUUCUUUCAAAACGUUGGAUGCUAAUUCUGUUACCUUUCUGAAAGUAAAAAUCAUUUUCUGAAUUAUCGGAUUCUCAGCUGAUACUAAAAACCACAUAAUUGAAAAUCAAAUUUGAUCAGAAGUGAAGGUUGGGGUAAAUGUAAAUGCCCAGAGUAAAUAAAAAAAGUCUCCAAAAACACAGUUGCACUUUGUGCUGACACUUCUUGGAAAAAAAAUUGCUUGCACACCAACAUAGCUUAUGUACUAUUAUGUACUAUUUACAAUUGUUUAAAGUACAUAAUAUUUUCUUGCUUGUUUUAAACAAGGCAAUUAGCAUGACGUUUUUUACCAGCUUUGAUGGGUUCUAAAUAAACCUGUACAUAAUAAUUAGAUUCAGUUACGACGUUUCAAGACCCUGGCUUUUUGCACUAUUCAUGUACAUGUGUAAGGUAUUUGAGAAGGCUUCAUUCAUGGUGCCUUAUGUAUGAACCACCUGGGCCAAAUUAUCGGUGUAAAAAUUUGGUAGGUGUACUUUACUAUAAGCCUAUACAGCAUAUGUAAUGAAUCAAAUUUUCCUUUUCUUUUCUUUUUUCCACUGUGUUAUCUAACAAUUUUAAAAAACAACUUUUGAAAAUAUUUGCAUGCUAAAUAUUUGAUACCAAACAUUACAAAAAAUAUUUUUUGCAGUGAUUUUUAUCUAAAAUCCGUAAAAAAAUCAAAUCUCCUCAACACCUGCAUAUCGAAGAAAUCCUUUCAUAAAAAAUGACAUAUAAGAAUUAUUGGAAAAUUUACUACAUCUGUCAAAACCUGUAGAUUUAAACUCUACAUGUAUAGAUUAUUGCAUGAUUUUGUAUGUGAUUAAAUUUGAAAAUCAAUUUUUAAAUAGCUUAAAUUUCUUCGUGUUUUAUGACGAUUUUGCCCUUAAUUAUAUAACAAAAUCAAUUCUUUUCACAGUGAAAAAUGUUGGAAAAUAUAGUUGAAGAUAAUUUUUGAAGUGUUGUUCUUGAAAAAAACAACCCAUUAUGUUUAAAUAUUUUAAUUGUAAGACAUUUUUAGCAAAAAAAAAUAUUUGUAGGCUUACAACCACACACCUUAUGUACUCUAAAUAAGAUUGUCUCAGAGUUAGCCGGUAGAUAAAAAAUAAUAGUAAUAAUCUCUUGUAUCCAGUAAAAUACUAUGUAUUCAUAAAAUGUAUUUAACAUAUACCCUGAUAAAAAUCUUGGACAAAUCUACUUUUUAGCUUUGCACAAAAUAAAAGGCACAAUUGUCUGACAUUAUGAAUCGUUUAUUUAUUCAUAUAGAUAAAUUUAGGGUUAGACUUAAGUACAUGUAUAUUGUUUGGAAAGUGUCAUAAUUUGGAUCCUUUAGAUUUUUGUAGGAGUUAGGAUGGAUGAGGAUUCUUGAAUGAUCUUUUAAAAUUGCCAUAUAAUUUAAAAGCUGGGUUGUGUAGUUUGUUAUAUGAAAGGUUGUAUAUGUUGAGAUUAUAAGUAGUUGUCUCCCUUGGCUGUAUUUAAAAUUGUCUUUGAUUGAUUUUAAUUUGUGAGAAAUAUUUCAUAGAAAAUUGUCAUCUAUCAUUGUUUUCCUCUGUUUUUCAUCCACUUUCUUAUAUAAUUGUUGUCUAUUUCAGCAUUCAUAUCAUUUUUUAUCCAUUUUUUAUCGAGUGAUAUUUUAAUCAGGAAUGUACCUAAUUAUCUUAAUUAUACUCAAUUAUACUCAUAAUCCGCCAAAGCUUAUUUAUCCAUCAGAAAAAAAUCCAAGUUGAUACCUUUUAUCAUUUCAAAGAACAUUUUUAUCAAACAUUUCUUUUUUUUCAUGAUGUACCAUUGAUAAUUGUGUUUUACAUGGUCAUUAUACCGAUGAUUGAAUUCCAUGAUUCUCAUAGAUGUUAGUUUUGUAAUGAUAAUGUUCUAAAUAACUCCGUAAAUGGCCAAUGUCUUUGUAUGAUAAUGUUAUCCUGUGUUCAUCUCGAUAUGCUGUACAUAUUGAUGUGUUGUGUGACUAUUAUGUGAUACAGAAAUGAAAAAAAUCAACCAGAUACGUACAGCAGAUACAAUCCAUAUCCAUACCAUAUGUCUGGUUAGUGAAAUAGCUGAAAUAGUUUUCAUCUCUUGCCUUAGAUUUUAGACAUGGAAAGAUAGAGAAAAUAAGGAAAAGGGAUGAGUAAAGAAUUCACCCUUUAGGAACAUCAGUUAUUAUGUAUUAUCUAAAAUUGUAAAAUUUCUAAAAAAAAUUUUUUUUUUUUUUUUUUUUUUUUUGUUAUUUCAGUUUUAUAAAUUGCUAACAAAUGGCUGUUGUUUGUGACCUUAUAUAUCCCCGAAUUAAUGAAUUUGUGAUGAAACGAUGAAUAUAUUCGUAGUUACAGAUACCUCAGCUUUUCUUAUCUGUUCUUUUACCCGUAGGUAGAUGUCUACAUACUGUUGGGAUUUCAAUUUAUUUACUGUUUUGUGUUCAAUCCACUUACAGUUCCUAUAUCAUACUGUCUUUGUCUGUCAUAGAUUUUUUAAUUUCCAUAAAUUUUUUCGAGUUUUCUACACCCAAGCUUUCUUUUUUUUAAUCAUAUAUGUGACACCGUAAAACUUAAAUUAUGACGCGAGAUAAUUUAAGCAAGAUUUUAAGUAAUUUCUAUCUGGCAUAUGUUUCCUUAUUGACACAAUAUAAUUCACUAUUUUUUAUUGUUCAAAAAUCUUUUGCCUUGAUGUUCACCCCAAACUGUGUUUCAGUGUUUCCAUCAAAAACAAUAACCAUGCAGUUCAAAGUAGGAAAGUUGUGUUCUUAGUGGUCAGUCAUUGUUUUGGUUUACAAUUUACAUCUUAUUUGACUCCCUAUGUAAAUGUCAAAUAAACAACUAUUUCCUACAAAAAUUGCUUGAAAAAUUGAAACCAUUUUAAGCCUGUCAACAGUCAAAGUCAACAGUUUUGACUUUUGAUGGCCAUGGAAAACCUGAAAACACCCAAGCAUUCAAAUGAUAUAUGAUGCAAUAGCAUUAUUUGGUUGUUAGAAAAAUAAUGUCAUUUUUAAAUGGUCAUAUUUGAUUAUUUUGUGUUAUAACCAGGUAACAAAACAGCUGUUUCAGUGUGGCCUUAGGUAAUUAAAAGUUCAUCUGCUUGCAUUUUUGGUCCUUAUUGCAAUACCUUGGGAAAUGUUUUGGCUGUUAACUAAUAAGGCAUGAAAUAGCAGUGUUUGGUAAAAUGUAAAAACAUGUUUGCGAAAAGAUCCAAUAGCAUCCAUACAAUGUAUACCAGUACAAUACAUAUAUAUUUUGGAAGGGGUGGGGCAGCACAAUCACAAAGGAUUGUGGGAAAUCCUGUUGCAUGUCCACUUUCAUUCUUGAUUAUCCUCAAUUUAUUAUGCAGAACUAAUUUAACUUUAUAUUGUUAAAGUCACUUUAGGAAAUGUUCAACAACACUUUUUUCCCCCGGAUAAUUUGGAUUUCACCUUGAGGUGACAAUUUUGAGAGAAAAACAUAGGGCAUUCAGAACAAAUUUUUCUGAUGUUUAUUUGAAUGCAGGUGCUAUUAAUUCAUCUUCAAUUAUGUGUCAGUUGAGUUCUUUCCCUCAUGUGCCUCCCCACUACUGAUUUUAAUGGAUAAAAGGGUAAUUAAUGUGUUAUAUGACCAAACAUUCGAGAGAUAUUUAAAACAAUUUGAGUUAUUCAAAUUCUAGUUUGUCCCAUUUAACUGUUGCUGUACAGAAUCGUAAAAGAAGGGGGUUCAAACAAACAUCCUUGCACUAUUCCCAAAUUGCUCUUCUGAAAAAGUCAUAACCAUUUCUGUAAUGUGGUUCUUGGGUCAAUGCUUGCUAAAGAAUAUGGGCCAUCUUUCUAAUAUUUUCUUUAUAUCUGACUUAUAAACAUAAUUGAAGGAAACAUUAUUAGAUUCAUUAACUACAAACUGAAGGGAAGUAAUAGUUUGUUUCAGUGUUUUCAUAUUCACUAAGAGUUUAAGCAAUACCUGGUAAUAAAGAUUUGAAUUUUAUACACAAAACUUCAAAUUAAACAUGAGAUAUAUUUAAUUGGAUUAUGUCCCUAUUUUGAUAUUGACUUAUUAUAUCACUUGACUUCAUUGUUAAUUAAUUCCACUCUAUGAUUUCUGAUAUGUUGAUAUAUAUUCUGGCAUAAAAUUGUGACAAAAAAAUCCACAUUGGAGUUAUAAAGGAUUCAGAUUUUUUAAAAUACAAAUUGGCCUUUUUGCAUGAUCACAUAGAAAUUGAGUGUUAAGUAAAACUCAUUUCCAUUAUUGUCUGGAUGUAUUUUGUUACAAAUUGGCAAUUCCAUGCAAUUUUAUUAAAAUUAUUUUCAGAAAUUCCAGCAAUUCCAGCAAAGUAGAAGCAGUUAACAUCAUAUUGAUAUUUAUUUGCUAUCAUUUAUAAAUAUUUCAUGUGCUUGGAAACACCACACCCUCCCUUUUAAGACUAAUGAUAAGAGAUUUCAGAGACAAGCAUUACAUUACAAAAACCCAAUGUCUCCCUCCGAUGAUUUACAUAAGGGUGCAGAUUAAGAAUCAUUACUAGUCGUUAGCAUGGGAUAUUAGGCAUGUUGUAUCCAUCGGCCUUAAAUUACUGUAGAAUGAUCCAAAGAAAUGGUUCCUAAUUAAAUUUGAUGGCAGCACUGGCAUUAUAUCAACUGUAUAUGUAUACCUAGAUCUUGUCUAGAACCUCCUCCACUUUCCUAUUGCUGAAAGCUAAUUAAAUGUAGCAUAGAAUUUUUGUCUACUUCCAAAAAAAAAGUCAUUACAUCUAGAUCUAUCAUGCUUUUUUUACCUUGAGUAUCCUUUGGAGUGGUAUAUACUGCUAGUUUUUAUUUCUCAUCUUAUGUGAAAACCUAAUUUGUUUUCAUUUUAACCUUUGAAGUUGAGGGGAGAUUAGUGUUCUUCAGAAAGAGUGGAGUUUAAUCCUGAAGAUUCUGUCUCAAGGAAUCUUAACUGAAUUAUCAGGAAAUGAAAUAGAAACUAGAUAUAUUUAGUCUCAAAACUGUCCAUUAGUUUGAACUUAUCUCCUGGCAUUUAUCAUAGAUAUCAAAAACUAAUCUGUAUCCAAGUAGAUCAAUUAAGAUAAUGCAAGUGAUGAUAAGUAAAAUCUCACACAUCUUGAAUUAAAAUCAAAAUAAAAUCAUUUUGACAAAAAUUUGGUUAAUACUGUAUUUCUCCGAAAACAAACCCAUGCCUGAUAAUAAUCCCACCCUAUUGCCCAAUACAGUUCAGUAGAAAUGUAAAAACAAACUAUUUCCCUGUCCUGCAAUAAGCUCACCCCAUCUUGAAGACCAAAUUUAAGAGUUGAACCUUGCUUAUUAAAGGAUAUUAAAUACACUAAUGACCAAAAAUGACAAAAUGACAAAAAGAGUUUCUUUGAUGUUAUUCAUUAAAACUUAUGGCAAGAGUAUAUCAUAUAUAUUGACAUGGUAUUUUUUCAUGUCAUUAUCUAUGAUAAAAAGGAACUUGGUGAUGUGUACUGAGGAGGAUUUUUCAGGUCAUUUGCCACUAUUUAUGUAGCUGUUACUUGACAUUGGUAUUUCUUACGAGUUUUGUACUUUUUACCAUGCAAACACUUGGAUGAAGAUGUGCAAAAAUAUCUUUACUAAUAUAUCCCUGUAAUGACAGAAAAAAGGUUACCAGACAGCUUUGAUAUAGUGUUCUUUCAUGUAAGUGACACUCGACCAUAAUGAACGAUGUUGAAUCAAUACCCUUAGCAUUUAUGAGUAGUGAUGUUUAAAGGUAUCGUGGAAAGGCAUUUCUGGAACUUUUUUUUUGGUUUAACUUGCAGAUCUAUUUCUAAAACGGUUUUCAAAGGACACUUUUCAAAAAAGUGAUGAUGUACUGUACAUUAUAUGUGGGCUUGGCAGUAAAACAUUAGGCCCAGUAUACAGGGAAGUAUUUAUCUUAUCUGCAUAUGAAAGUGAAGCUGAAACAUAUCACUUUUCUUAAGUUCAACAAAUCUAGAAAUCAAUUCCAAUGAUAAAAAUGAAAUUUGAAAUGUACUUUAUAUGUAAUCAAUCAGGCUUUGUGAACUAGAAACCGAGGAAAAUUUUACUACAAAUCCAUGAAGUUCGUAUUAUGCUACUCAGCAUUGCUGUUCAAUUCAUUGCACCAAGCUCCAAGGUUGAAAAUAAAAUGUUUUUAGUCAAGAAAAUUGAGAGAGCAUAUUAACCCUGGCAUUCUCCACUCUGCCAUCAUCUAUGAUGUGAUGAUUUCAUAUACCGGGUAACAUUUUUUUUUUUUUUUUGCAGUGUCAUAAAAUAUUAGUUCUGCCAUAUCGUAACAUGCUGGGUGGGUGAUUCCUAGGUUAGCACAACUUCUAUAACAUUAUCUUAUCAGGGUUUUUUUACCAAAUUUUUCAUGUGGCGUACACUUGCUAAUUUAUAUCAGUUUUUUCUGAACCUUAGAAGAUAAUAAUUCUUAAAAUAAAGAUGCACCAUAACUAUACAAUCAUGUAUAUUUUCUCGUGAUUUUUAUCUGAUGUUGUUCGAGAAUUUCUACAUUUUAGUUAGGUAAUUUCAAUAAAGUUACCUAAUUAUAUAUAUGAUUUCCUGUAAAAGUAGACAUGCAAAAUUUUUAACAUUAUCUACCUAUAAGUUUAUAUAAACAAUUUUUGAGUGACUGGCGUCUGCACUGAUAAAAUAAAAAUAUCUUUAAUCCUCUGCCAUCAUUACAGUACAACAUUCAUAAUUCAUUACCGUAUAUGACCUAAUAAUCACACAAGUUUCUAUAAACACCCCCACCUGUUUUCCGGGAAAAGAGAAUGUGCACCCUGUUUUCCUGAAAAGAGAAUGUGUGCACAAAGUGAAACAAAUAAAACUUUCAUUACUUCAUGAUCUGUAAAAUAUAAUAUUCAGUCUUUUAACCAAAGGCUAUCGUUUUGACUACAUUUACAUAAAAGUAUCCAAAUGAAAAAAGUGUAUUUUUUUCCACCGAGAUUUCACUUGGAAAUUUUUCCUUUUGCAUGGUUUUAUUAAGCAAACUUCGUUUUAAGCUUUUGUAAGCAGACAGUGCACUUAUUUGGUCGAAUACGGUAAUACAGUUUUGGCUAGUAAGAUUUAUCUAUUUAGUUAAAUCAUACCCUUCAUGUUUCAAUGUCCAAAUACUGCAAACAUACUUAUUUUAGCAGGACAUCUUAUUUUAAAGUUUUUUUUACGCUGGAAAUAUUACGCUAAGUUAUGAUUACACUAAUUGUAGUUUAUCUUAACUGGUUUCUAUGGCAAUCAUUGUUGGUGUGCUAAUUCAUCAUUCUGCUAAUCUGUUUUAAUUUGGUUUUACGCUAAAAUUUUAUUGUGUCAAAUAAAGUAUGUUUACAAAAUAGUGUUGUAGGAAACAUGGAGAGGCAAAUCUUCACAGUUACAUUAAUGUCUUGUAUGAUUCGUUCACGUGAUUUACAGAUACGUUGUAUCAACAUUUGGAAAUUUAAGCCGUGUGGUAUGAUACUUAUUUCUGCAGUCUUACAUUUCAUUUGUGAAAUAAGUUGUGUAUCUGUACAUUUUACAUUCUUCAGUGGAGAUACUGGCUUCAUAUAUGUUAGAUUUACGAGUUCAUAUUUGACCUUUUAAUACAUUAACAUCUGUGAUGUUUUGUAGAGUUACUCCCCUUUAAUUUAUUAUGACUUCAGAAUUUCAAUUUAUUCAGACACAUGCAUUCAAAGAGUUGGAUAUACAAAACCAUCGCAGAUAUCAUAUCUUUCCAGAUUUGUUUUAUCUGAAAGUGUUACAUAAUUGUCUAGCAUAUUCACUUUAUUUUCAUAUUUCUUUCAUUCACAUGAUCAUGACAUUAGGAUGAAGUCAGGUUUUAGUAUGAUAUAAGUUCUUUGAUUGUGAAAAUAUAAUAUAUAUUGUCCUUUCAAUCAAAAUGACAAUUGAUUUGAAUGAACAAUAAGAUGAGGAAUUAAUUGUGAUUGUGGAUACAAUGUACUUAUAUGUGAAAAAUAGAAAAUGACCUUAUAGAGGCCUUGUGACCUUUGUUUAGUAGAGUGAUUUUCAAGGUCAAGGUCAUGAAAUAAGGAAAUGUAUGUUUUUUGUCCUUUUUAAGUGUAUUCUCUAUCAUCACAUACCUUGUGUUUUACAUACAGUUUUUGUUUUAGUUGAUGUCAUGAAUUUGUAAUAUUCUGCAUGAGAGUUUCACCAGACUCAAGUGCAAAUCACUGUUUUUGUUGAUAAUGUCAAUUAAAUUUUGUAAUGAGAAAAAAA